AUGGCGAGCGCACAGCAGGUAGACGUCCUAGUAACUCCGAAAGGCCGGUCUGAAGGUCCUCUGCGUCGAGAAAGCCCCCAGGCAGGUGGCGUCUGGUACUGGAAUUGCUACCCGGGGGCUCGAGUCGACAGUCGAUACCCGGUCUACCAGUAUACCGAUCCAGAGCUCUGCCAGGACUGGACCUGGAGCGAGUUGCUACCCGGAUACGAGGAGCUCCGGCGGUACUUUGCGUACGUGCUGGACAAGUGGCAGCUACACGGAGACAUCCAGUAUAACACGACUGUGACAGGGGCGCAAUUCGAUGAGUCGACUCACCAGUGGACGGUUGAGUGCGCAGGGAUCGAUGGCUCCAUCACAAAUAUCCGCGGUCGCUGGUUCAUCCCGGCCCUUGGGUUCGCCUCCAAGCCGUAUAUCCCCAAUAUCCCAGGUCUAGACACCUUCGCUGGGCCAUCUUUCCAUUCCUCCGCCUGGCCGCAAGACGGAAUUGACCUGAAGGGCAAGAGGGUGGCUGUUGUAGGCACAGGAGCCAGUGCAGUCCAGAUCAUUCAGACUAUUGCGGAGCAGGUAGGUCAUUUGACCGUUUACCAACGCACGCCGUGUACUGCGCUCCCGGCCCGGCAGCGGCCCCUUAUCGCCGAGGAACAACGGCAGCUGAAAGACAGCGGCGAGUUGGCCACCCUGCUGCGACAGGCCAAAUACGAAAAGUUUGGCGGACAGGAUGUUGGGUUCGUCCCGCGUCGGUGGAACGAGGAUGACGAAGAACAGCGGCGGGGGGUGUUCGAGGCGGCCUGGGAAAAGGGCGGUUUUCACCCGUUACUGUCGACAUACUUUGACGUCUUCGUGGAUCAGGAGGUCAAUAGGGCAGCGUGGCGGUUCUGGGCCGAAAGAACCCGCGAACGAAUUGAGGAUCCGACAUACAAGGAUUUGCUUGCUCCCCUAGAGGCAGUGCAUACGUUCGGGGGAAAGCGCACCCCGUUCGAAAUCAACUAUUAUGAGGCAUUCAACCGGGAGAAUGUCGAAUUGAUUGACAGCAACGCCUCUAGAAUAGUCGAAUUCACUGAGGAGGGCAUCGUCACUCAGAAUGAGGGCCUGAAACAAUUCGAUGUGAUUGUCCUGGCAACAGGAUUUGACACCAACACAGGCGCAUUGACGGCGAUCUCCAUCCGUGACACGGAAGGCAGGACACUGAAGGACCGCUGGCAGGACCCAGAAACAGGAGUUAGAACGAGCCUGGGUCUAUCCACCAGCAAAUUCCCGAACAUGUUCUUUUUCUACGGACCUCAGGCGCCGACAGCAUUUUCCAACGGGCCUUCCUGCAUCGAGCUACAGGGGGAGUUUGUCGAACAACUCAUCCUAGACAUGACAGCGAGAGGAAUAACAAGGAUCGAAAACACAGUGGAUGCAGAGGCGGAGUGGAAGAGCUUGACGCAACGGCUGUGGGACCGUUUUGUUUUCUCGUCGACGUCUGCCUCGUACUAUUCUGGGGCAAAUAUUCCGGGGAAAAAGCAGGAGCCAUUGAACUGGUUCGGAGGGUUCCCCAGCUACCAUCAGGCACUGACGGUCUGUCGUGAGAAUGAUUAUCAGGGGUACAUAAUGGCAUCUCGAGGGGAGAAGAUACAGCCUACUCUUGCUGCGUUGGAGGUUAAGGGUCCUACUACUGUCGAAGGGACCGUCGAACGGACUGUUCUGCUGUCGUUGCCAGUACAAGCUAAAUAA